GCUGUGGUUGUGGCUGUGCGGAGCUCGGCGCAAUCGGGCCGGGAUGGGACGGCGUGGGACGGGCGCAGAGACGCCGGCGGGCGGGCUCCACUUGGGCUCUGGCCGCCCCGCACCAACUCCGAAGUGCCGGGGAGGAGUCGGGGGCGCAGGGCGCUGAGCGCUGAGCUCCGAGCCGGAGCCGGAGCCCGAGCCGGAGCUGCCGCCGCCGCCGCCACCUUCGCCACCCUCGCCACCCUCGCCACCCUCGCCACCCUUGCCACCCUCGCCCCCCUCGCUGCUGCGUCUGGGGAGGAGCCGCCGCCGCCGAGAGAGCGCGCAGCCAUGCCCGCUGGGGCUCGCUAACCGCCUGGGGACGGUCACCCUGCCAGGGCUAGCCGCCGCGGGCACCGGCGAGGGGCGCGCAGCGGGGGCGCCCGCGCCCCCUGCUUCCUCCUCAGCCCGUGCAGCUUCCCCCACCUCGCACCCCCAGUGAUGCUUGAUGAGAUGAACAUCCUCCGCUCCGAGGCUACGGUGCCCUAAUCGUUCCCGUAUCGGCCGGGGGACCCGGCCACUGACCUGCCACCCCGGCCGCCCCCGAGCAGCCCCGCGCUCCGAGGACCAUGCCGCCCCCGACCCUGCCAGCUCUCCCGAACCUGCUCCGGCUCCUGCUGGCGCUCGCCGCGCUCUGGUGCCCAGUGAUGGAGAGCCGAGGAAUCAUGGACAGUCUCCAGAGAUUUUCCUCCUUGCCUGCGUAUCUCCCCAUGAGCUACCAUAUCUGCAAUGCUGAGGUCUCCUUCUUUCUGAAAGAGGCUAACCAGGACCUCAUGAAGAACUCCAGUCUGCAGUCCAGGGUGGAGUCCUUCUUCAUCUAUCGAGCCAAGGAGCCCCCGAUUGUGAAUGCCAGUUACGGCCCCUUCUUUGUGGAGCAGGUGAUCCCCCGUGACCUCCUGUUGACUCUGACACCCUUUGGCCACUCGGAGAAAUUCACUUUUAACUGGAAACUAAAGUCACACAUCCUUGACAGCUCCAUCUAUUCCAACAGACCGAAAGUACAGACGUUGUUUUAUGUCACAGGAAUGGACUGGGAGGAGAAUAACCCAGUUGAAGACCUGCCCUGUGUUAAGAUGUUUGCCAUUCUAGAAGCUAGGGAGGUGGUGGCCAGCUGUAGGCUGCAGGGGGAUCUGGGGCUUUGCGUGGCAGAGCUGGAGCUGUUACCAGACUGGUUGGAGCCUGUCCCAGUCCUAGAUGCUGAGGCAGAGGCUGAGGCUGAGUCAGCAGCGGGAGGCAUCCCCGUGGAGCUGUUUUACAAACUGUGCCCUGCCGAUGAUUGGGGCAGGUGUUCUCCAGAGGAUGGCAAAUGGGAGAACAAUAUCCAUUCGGGGCAAGAGAAUGCUCAUAAAGGGUUUUCACCCAUGGAGAGGAUCGGCAGUGUCGUGGUCUACCCAACGCAAGACCAGACAAAGAGGUCCCUUGUGAGGCUUGAUGAGAACCUUGUGAUCUCUCUGCCACUCAACCCUGUCAGGGAAGGGGACAUUGUCACCUUCUUUGUGUCUUUGGCUGGCAGCUCAACCGCAAACCACUUUACUCUCAGCAUAAAAGCUGCUCCCAGGCUCAAGAUCAUGGCUGUGAGAGUCAGCAAUGAAGAUGAGUGGGAGAUCCAGGAGGAAAUUGACAAUGGAGAGACGCAAACAACAGCAACCUUGGUGUGUGUGGGCCAUAUUCCAGAUAUCGAGAACAGAGUAAACACAUCCUUCUACGAGAUCUUGCAGAUGGACUUUGAAAUUGACAACAGCAGCGGAUUGGCAGGGGCUCAGCAAGUUACCUGGCAGAUCGAGUACCCCGAGGAAGACUCGGCAGGUGAGCUGGUAGUCUCAGAGAUCUUCGUCAGCCAGACAACAUUUACCGGCAUCGUUCCUCUGGCAACGGACACGGAAAUAUUGAACACAGCUAUUCUGACGGGGAAGACGGUCUCUGUUCCAGUCAAAGUGGUUGCUGUUGGAGAGAAUGGCUCUGUGGUCGAUGUUUCAGAUGAAGUGGAGUGUAAGUCCACAGAUGAAGAUGUCAUUAAGGUCUCUGAUAGCUGUGACUCCAUCUUUGUGAAUGGAAAGGAGAUGAAGAGUAAAGUGGACACCAUUGUGAACUUCACAUACCAACAUUUUACUACUCAGCUUGAAGUGACUGUCUGGGUCCCAAGGCUACCUUUGCAGAUUGAGAUCUCAGACACAGAGCUGAGCCAGAUCAAAGGAUGGAGAAUCCCUGUUGCUCCCAACAAAAGGCCUACUCGAGACAGUGAUGAUGAUGAGGAUGAUGAAAAAAAAGGAAGAGGUUGCACCCUUCAGUACCAGCAUGCCAUGGUGCGUGUGCUAACACAGUUUGUGGCCGAGUCAAUGGAUUUAGGAGGCCAGCUGACCUAUAUGUUGGGCUCUGAUUGGCAGUUUGACAUCACCGAACUAGUGGCAGAUUUCAUGAAGGUGGAAGAACCGAGAAUUGCCACAUUACAAGAUGGCAGGACCCUGGUUGGCCGUGAGCAGGGAAUAACAACAGUGCAGGUCCUCUCACCUCUCUCUGACUCCAUUUUGGCUGAGAAGACUGUCAUAGUACUGGAUGAUCGGGUCACUAUCACAGACUUAGGGGUACAACUUGUGGCUGGCCUGUCUCUUUCUUUGCAACCCAACAAAGGAAACAAAAGAGCCAUUGUUUCAACAGCAUCUGCUCAUGAUAUGCUUCAUGCCCCACAACAGGAAGCAAUAGUCAGUUCUUGGCUUUUGUUCAGCGACGGCUCGGUAACUCCUUUAGAUAUUUAUGAUCCUAAGGAUUUCGCCGUUGCCGUCACAUCAUUGGAUGAGAUGGUGGUGUCUGCCCAGCCAAGCCUCCAGUCCAAGUGGCCCAUUGUGGUUGCUGAGGGGGAAGGGCAAGGACCGUUGAUCAAGUUAGAAAUGAUGAUCAGUGAACCUUGUCAGAAGACCAAGAGAAAGAGCGUUCUGGCGGUUGGGAAAGGAAGCGUCAGGGUAAAAUUUGGGCAGAAAGUGGAUGAGAGCCAAGGAAGCACCAAUGACAUUGAGGGUGUCAAUCGUGAAUAUAAAGAGCACCUCAGUAAUUCCAUAGAGAGGGAAGGAGACCAGGAGAGGGCCAUACAGGAAUGGGCCAAACAUGGUACUUCUUUUGGCCAGGAAGAAAGUGGCAAUAAAAGUACGACUCCACAAUCAUCUUUUGAGGGAAAGGGGAACAAGUUUCUUGAGAAUGGCCAACUCCAAAAUAAUGCAGAUGGCUUCACAAGUUUCCCUACCCAAGUGGAGUUACCAGAGCCAAAUAAUCCCAGUGAUCUUUCACUGACCUCUAGGGGAUUAACAGAUUUAGAGAUUGGCAUGUAUGCCCUACUCUGUGUCUUCUGCCUGGCUAUUUUAGUCUUCUUAAUCAACUGUGUGGCAUUUGCUUGGAAGUACCGACACAAAAGGUUUGCAGUGAGUGAGCAAGGAAAUAUCCCCCACUCUCACGAUUGGGUUUGGCUCGGGAAUGAAGUGGAGCUCUUGGAGAACCCCGUGGAUAUCUCCCUUCCAUCGGAGGAAUGCACCACCAUGCUCGAUCGUGGGAUGCAGUUUGAGGAGAGCAACUUCCUUCUAAAUGGCAGCUCUCAGUCAGCACUACACAGCCAUCUCCUUAGUCCUGCUGAUUAUGUUUAUGAAAAAGAAAUAAAAAGUGAACCUCUCAAUCCUGGCCCGAAAAGGAAACGAGUCAAGUUUACUUCAUAUACCACUAUUCUCCCCGAGGAUGGAGGCCCAUACACCAACUCUAUCCUUUUUGACAGUGACGAUAAUAUCAAGUGGGUUUGUCCAGAUAUGAGUCUUGGGGAUUCGCAAGAGUUUAGAGACUAUAUGGAAAGACUGCAAGACCAGAUGUAAACUACUUUAUUAUGUUUGUAUUCACCUUUAUGCCUUCUGUUUUGGAAUGAUGGAGCAGGAAGUCCUGUCAGCAAUAGGGGAGGAUGAAGUUGAGCUCAAGUCGUGGAGGUCUGGAUGGACCACUUCACAUGUGGGUAGCAGAGCUAUGAUGGUUUCAUUUGAAGCCAGGGCACCUCUCUUCAAAACCAUGUGGUGGAUUCUGGAAGGGCUUGGGGGGAAGGGGUCUAAGACAGCCAUUUUUUGAUACUGCCUGGUACUAGCACAGUGCUAAUACAAAUAAACUCCGACCCCACGGGACACAAUGUGAGAUUCAUGGCAUCUCAUGAUGGACAGCCGUUUGGAAUUAGAGAGGACCUGGGGUUUGAUUUUUUUUUCUAUUCCUAGUCCUUUGUAAAGCACAGUGGACAUUUCCUUACCCUUGGCCUGAGAAUAGACAUCUUUGAAAGAUAAUUGAAUGUAGCCAUUUCAUUUUAUUUGUGAUGAGCCGUGCUCAUGGUUUUUUAUAUACAUUUAUACCACCCCUCCCCUAGUUCACGUGGCCUCUGGGUUUCUUUUAGACAAUGGAAGAGAAGAAAUCUCAAAUUUUCCUUUUUGGGGAUUCUUUUGAUUCAUAUAAAAAUUUAGUUCCUUGUCUUUGCCAUGCUGUUUAUGCUGUGUCCAUCUGGAUGCUGAUUUUCUCCAUGUUUUAGCUUUUAGGGACAGUCCCUAAGAAUCUCAUCUUCAUCUUCUUUUCUUCUUCCUCUCUGGAAUCCCUGGUGGCAGGCUGGGGGGUGGGGAGCACGUCCUUUGGCAUCUUUCCACCUAGAGCUUGAACAAUUUGGAGAGGAGGGGAUAUUAAUGGGGCAUUAGUCAGUUUAUUUUCGUCCCGGGCAACUGGAAAUUAAUGGGAAACUAGGGGCUCUAUUUCAUAGAGGAAAAAUGUCUCAAUUAAAACAGCUGUAUUUAUAUAAGCACGCUGUGGUCAACACAUUUUAUUAUCCAAAUGGAGAUCUAAAAUUAGAACUGAUAUAUGCAGAAAGAAAAUUGCCUAGGAAAUAGCAGAAGAUUAAAUUCUCUGUGUUCCUCCUCCUCACCCGGACAAUAAUUAUUAUUAUUAAUAAAAAUGGUAUUCUAAUUUAGCAAUAUGUAGAAAUCCAUCCAUACAGUGACUUGGAAAAAUAUCCAUUAUCAUAAUUCUGGAGGAGACAAAAUCUUUGGAGGAUGUGCACUGAGGGAGAAAAGGGAUGGGUAUUGUUCCAAAAAAUCAUCAGAAAGAAGUGACUAUUCCCUAGUUGAUGGAAUAGUUUUUAUGAUCAAGCCAAAUAAACAAACACAAGGGUUGGGAAUAGAAAGUGGCAAAAGAAAAAGGAGACAAUGGGCCAUCUCUCUAUAACUUUUAAACAGAAAAGAAAUAUCACUGGAAGAACAGGAUGGUUGAUCUUCAGUCAAAGGAAAAUUUAUUCUACAGCAGGGAAAAUAUGUCAAGGUCUUUAUUUUAUUUCUGCAGACACAGGGCAGAAACUGGACUAGAAUGACUUCUCUUGGGAGGACUUUCUUGAACCCCUGUUGUUUACUAAUGACAUAAGCUGAUCAAGUUGUCUAGUCCACUUCUCUCUUUCUAGGUAGGCUGAAGGCUGAUUGAGACAUCCGACAUAUAGGAUUAGUAGUCUUAUUUUUGUAGAUUUCUAGGGACAGAGACUCCACAAAGUCCCCCUAAAAACCUUCCAAGGUUUAAUCAUGUCUGCUGUCAAGAAGGUCUUCCUUAAUUUCAUGCUUCCAGGAUUAUGGGAUUUAAUUAUACAACAUACUGGGUACCAUGUAGAAUAGACAGAAACCUACUGGAAGAGAAACUUCAAACAAAUAAUGCAUGAAGCCAGCAUUCUGUGGCUGUUGCAUUUGUGCUCAAGAUCAGAAGUUUGGUAAAAAUGUGAAAGUCCCUUCCUUUUGGCCAAAGGAUGAAAUUUUGUGACUCCUAGACGCAUUUGCUUUAAAAAGAAAACUCAAUAAGAAAGAAAUAAGAAAGAAAGAAAAAAAGAGUAUGGAGAAGAAAGGAUGGGGGAUUCUUGAGUAUGGCAAGGGCUGUUUAUGGAGUUAUAGUCCCUAUCCAAUCAAGUAGGUAAAUUAUAGCAGACAGACAUCAUGGUAAAGUGGAAAAAUAGUGGCUUUUGAAGUUCCAGGACCUGGUUUCAAAUCCUCGCCCUGUUUUUUUUAUUAUGAACUGGGGCAAAUAAUUAACUUUUUUUUUUGGCCUCAGAUUCUUAAUCUGUACAAUGAAGGGAAUUGAUCAGUUUAUCUUUAAUUUUCCUGCCAGUUUUAAUUCAAUUUAUUGAGUCCGAUAGAUUUUUAGAGUCUUUUAAAACAGAUUCUUCAAAUGAAACUAGAAGAAAAUUUCAUUUCUUUUACUUUGAGUCUCUUUGCCUGUCCUAAGCAUAAAGAAGGUAAAUUAUUGAAAUAUAAGGGCCUAAACUGAAUCAAGAGUGGGCUGAGCCUCCCUCUUCAUGCUGAUAACAACAGGAUUUGGAAAAGUAAAUUAAAUUAAAAAGGCGCUCCCUUUUGCACUGAGAACUGUAGUUAAAUCAGUUUGCAAAUUAAGAGCUUUUCCAAGGAGUAGGAGGGUACAACAAGAAGACAAGCACAAAGGUCUUUAGAAUUUGGCAGCUAUAGGAAACAGCAUAGAAAAAAGUCACUUGGAUAAGGACUAAAAAGCCAGAGGUUGGUCUCUGUAAUAGCCUUUUAUUGUUAAUUACAAGAAAUGUGAGACCAUUAAAAAUACAUUGGAAUACUUCACUCAGCCACCCCCAAAUCAGAAGGAAUUUGUGGGCUUUCCCUGGAUAAUAUAUCUUUUCAUUUUUUUUUUUGUUUAAUUUUUGAAAGAUUGGAUCUCCCUAUCUUGCCCAUGCUAGAUAUGUACCCAUGGGCUUGGACCCAUUAUGAGUAGUCAGCACAGAAGUUUUGACCUGCUCUUUUUCUGACCUGGGCUGCUUUGCACCUUCUUAGCAACCUUGCAGCUCCCUGUUCUUGGUGCUUCAUACCAAUAAUGCCAAACUUAUUAUUAAUGCUGAAAUGGCUUAGUUUGUUGCAAUUCAGCAUCCCCUAGGAAGAAGCUUCCUAGCCUCAGCUUUAGUUUCCUAGGCAGCUGGUAUUGCAGGUGUGUCCCAUCAUAUUCCACCCAAGGUAAUAUUUAAGUAAGAGACCAAGAGACUGUCCAGUUGUCUGCUGAUGGUCAAUUGGUUUUUAAAUAGUGUAUAUCUUUGAUAUACUUUAUAUUUCAGUCAUAUACAAGACAUGACUAAUUUGAUCUGUUCUACUUGCUGAUUACUAAAGGCACCAGGUUAAAGAAAACAAAAUCCUGUUCUGUCCAUAGUGUCCUUAUUUAUCUAAAAAAUUAUUUAGAUAAUGUAAAGGAAGAAAAAAAUAUCAUGAGCUUUUAUUAAAAUAUCCUGGUGAUUGUGGAACUCUAUAGAACUGGCUAGAGAAAGUAGUUAGACCAGAAAAAAAUUGGAAGUAAUUGCUGCUUCUUUGAGAAUAAAAGUUUAGAUUUACCUUCACAUGACUUCACACAAGAUACUAGGCUCCUAAAUUCACAGAAUCUCAAGGGUUAGGUGAGUGGAUCGGGGAACAAACAAACAAACAAAAAACUUCACAGAAUUCUCAAAUCACAAAAUCUCAGAUUUGGAAAGGAUUUCAACAGUCACAUGUAAGCCAAUUCAGACUGGAAAGGGAUUCCCACUAUAGCAUACUUUAAAAUGUUCAUCCUUCUUCCAUUUGAAGACAUCCAGUAGAGAAAUUGAAAGGGUCACCGUAUGUUAAGAUUGCCCAUUUCACUUUGGGAUGGUUCCCAUUGUUUGAAAAUUUUUCCUGACCCCAACUAUAAAUUUGCUGCUUUAUAAUUUUUCCAUAUCCUCCUGAGUAUGCCUUCUUGGCCCAAGUAGAACGGGUUCAAACCCUUAUCCAUAUGAGAGUCCAUUGCAUAUUUGAAAACAGCUAUCAUGACUUUCCCAUCCCAAUCUUCUUUUCUACUUUCUUAAACUUUUUUUCAUCCCCCAUCCCUUCUCCCGUUACUUAUUUGAUAGAAACUCAAGAUUUUGGGUGGUAUCCUCUGGACAUACUCCAGCUAUGAAUGUCUUUCAUAAAUUAUGAAAGCAUUGAGUCCAGAAGUGACCCAAGUACUGUAAAUAUAGUUGACCAGGUCAGAGGACAGAGAUAUAUGCCCAUCUUUUUCUAUAUCAUGCUUCAUUUAAUAAAGACCCAAAACACAUUCACAUUUUGGGCCACUGGUAAGUUAACUGCAGAGUCCCUAAAACAAUGGAUUUAGAGCUAAAAGAGGCCUUAGAAAUCAUUUCAUACAAUUCCCUUAUUGUAUAGAUGAGUAAACUAAAAAUUAGAAAUUAAAUGAUAUAUCCAAGAUUCUAAAGGUGAUAAAUAAGGAACAGAGACCAGAUUAGAAUCUACAGUUUCUGAUUUUAAUUCCCAUAUUCUUACCACUAUGCCAUGAUGCAUCCUUAUAAUGAAAUCCAUCCUUGAAAUAGAAUCUCAUCUGUUCCAUUUUAUUGUUAUUCGACACAUUGAUUAAGCACCUAAUGUUUGACAGACACUGACCUUGGUAAUCUGGAUACAAACUCCAAAAUUAAACAGUCUUCUCCUUUGAGGAACUUAAAUUCUGUAGCAUCACCAACAAGAUAUUGUCCAAUGAGAGAAAAUCUACUAUUCAAUUUUUAAAAAAGCUUUUUUUGAAUGCGUAUUGUCUACAAGGCACUGUGCUAGAUUAUGGGAUACAAAGACAAAAAUGAAGUAGUCCAUUCCCAAUAGGAGUUUAGAUUCCACAUCCAUUCUAUAGUUUCUUCAUGUAUAAAAUGAGGGAGUGAACUAGAUGGCCAAUGUGGUCUCUUCCAGCUCUUGAUCUAUUACUCUAUCAGUCUUCCUGACUUCCAAAGAUAGUUUGUCAGUCAUUCAUUCAAUUAAGAAGCAUUUAAGUACCUACUGUGUUACCAGCAGCAUGCUCGAUUAUUUUGUUGUUUAGUUAUUUCAAUCAUGACUGACUCUUCACGACCCCAUAUGGGAUUUUCUUGGCAAAGAUACUGGAGUAGUUUGUCAUUUCCUUUUCCAGCUCAUUUGGGGAAACUGAGGCAAAUAGAGGUUAAGCAACUUGUCCAUGUCAUACAGCCAUCAAGUAUCUGAGGCUGGAUUUGAAGAUGAGUCUACUGACUCCAGGUCCAGAAUUCUAUCCACUCUUCUACCUUGCUGUCUUGAUAUACAAACCCUUGAAAAUGAAAUAAUUCCUCCCCUCUAUGAGUUUAUCAUUCCAAAAACUCAUCACACUUUUAGAUAACUCUAAUUAUCCAUCUAAUUAUCUCGCUCUCUGAAACUUCCACCUUCACUUGCAGGGUCAUAUGCAAUAAAAUGACAUACCCUGUAGCAGAUGUAGACACUGAAUUGAGAGCUAACAUAGAAGCAAGAGGAAGUGAACUCCUAACUUUUCCAGUGAGAGGACAGUCAUCCCAUUAGAAUGUAAGCUCCUUAAGGUCAGUUCCUGGGUUUAUUUUUAUACUCCCAGGGAUUAGUACAGUGCCUGGUACAUAAGGCUUAACAAAUGUUUGCUAGAUUAUUGAUCUACAAAUACUUAGAAAUUAAACCAACAAAAUCAACAAAUGAAUACCUAAAAAUUAAAACCAAUCUUUUUCAUGUUAUUUUCCCCCAAAGAUAGUAUUUCUCAUCUAGGAUGGAAGUACGGAAGCUACUCAUGACCACUAAUGAAGUGAUUCCAAUGUUGAUAUCUGGUUUAGACCUGUUUUUUUGUCUCUCCUCAAGCAACCUGGUGCCCCUUCCAUUUCCUAGGGCUUACCAUGUUGAUGGUGGGUAUGGUGUGGAAAGUUGAGAACUCUUGACCUCUUGAACUCAAGUGAUCAACCAACUUUAAUUGCCCUAAUAUCAGAGCCCACAAGGUUCAUAAGUAUUCAUCACUAAGCCUGGUUUAGCAUGGUUGUCCUACAACUAAGGCAUAAGAAUGAGAAAUAGAAAGGGAGGGAAACAGGAAUAUUUCCUACAAACCAGAAGUCUGACUUUCCUACAAAUUUAAGAAGGGAUUUGAGAGCAAUUUGAUUAUCAUAUUAGAUAGCAAGGCAACAAGAAACUAAAACUCUUCCCCCACCUUUUCUUUUUCAAAUUUUAGGGCAUAAACAGCACCUCUUCCAUUUGUGUAUAGAAUCAGAAAAAGGAAAACUGCUUUUGGGAGGAUUUUCUUUUCCAUAACAGCCAAACUAGUAUAAUGGAAAGCAGAACAUUUAUUCCAUUGAUAUGCCUGUUUAAUAAUCCUUUUUUCAUCUCAUCUUUUUUUUCAGUCCCUUUUGGAGGCAAUUAUGCUUAAAAAUUUUACUAAAGUAGUUGUAAGGUCAUAGAUUUAGAACUAGGAAAGACCUUAGAGGAUCUUCCAGUCCAAUGGCAGCAAAUUCACAUGCAAAUAAAUCCCUGAUGCUUAGAGAACCACACAUUAACAUCAUCUAUGUUGCACUGUACUAUUUAUUUUUGUUAAACAUUUCCCAGUUACAUUUUAAUCUGAUAAUGACUGCACUGGAGACUUUUGAAGGUUUGAGUUUGAUACCUCUGAUCUUCUAACCUUCUUAUUUUCCUAAAGCCCAGAGAGUUGCAGUGGGUUGUUUGUGUGUAUGCACACUAGUUUGUGUGUUUACACACCUACAUGCAUAUAUGUAUUAUGUAAGCUCAUGAUAUACAUAUACACAUAUGUGUGUAGGAGGUAAGAUUUGAAUCCAGGUACUUGAAUCCUACUGCAGAGCCAGCACUUCCUGCAUUGCCCCCCCCCCCAUAGAUCUUAUGCUUCUGAUGCAAAAUGGCAGUCAAAGAAUCAUACUAAUUGAUGAUGGAAAGGAUCUUCAACAACAUCUGGUUCAACAUCUUCUACAGAUGAGAAAAAUUAAGAUCUAGAAAGCCUCAGAAACUAACCCAGUCAGCAAAUGGCUGUCUUCUUACUAAGGGGUCUCUUUACUAAACAUCCACCUCCACUUACUAUCCUUCCUACAACCGUGCAUUGUCUAACUAUCCAAUAGGAUCUUUCGGAUCAAACAAGGGGCACUUAACCUGACUUAUCCAUGUAAUGGAAAAAAAAAAAAAGCAAUGAGUUAUCUCAAUGUUUGACUCAAUUCUCUAGUCCACUGUGUGUGUGUGUGGGUAUAGACAUAUACACAUGGCUUAAAUGGUAAGUAUGCAGAGAAACAGAUCAUCUAGCAAAGUAUUUCUCAAAGCCAAGCACCAUUUUAUGGAAUAGUUAGAGAGGAAAUGUGGCAUUAGGAGUAGAGUGCUAGACUUGGGAUCAGGAAGACAUGGGUUGAAAUUCCCUCUCCAACAACUUUGUGACCCUGGACACACUAUUAGAUCUCUAUGAGCCUCAGACAUUCAUUUUCUAAGUCAUAGUGGUAGUCCAUAUGCAUUGAGGAAGGGAAUUUCCCCUGUAGGAGCCUACCAUGAAUUGGUUGGAGAUCUACAUCCUUCCUGUAUAAUAUAUUAUAUGAAUAAAUACUUACAUAACCUAUGAGGUAUUUUAAAUGGACAAUGGUACAAUUAUGCUAAAAGCAUACAGUAAAUGUUUCUUUUUUUCUUUUUUUUUUGAAUUUAAUGCACAGAACAUAGCAAAGAUGCUAAAGGGUAUAUUGGAAUGAAAGCAUUUGGAGAAAGUAAUGUACAAGGCAGCAGGUUGACUGUGUAUAUACAUCAGCCCUUGAAAUAUUUAAAUGGAAGAGGUAAACUGACAAGUUACAGCCUCUUGAAGUGCAAGAAAUUCAACAAUUCUGAUCUGGAAGGAAAAUAGUUUUUUUUUUAAUUUUUGGUUGGGGUUAUUGGUAGUGAUGCUGAGGUCUUUAAACCUCAUCUUUCAUUGUUCUCUGGAAUUUGUUUUUGCUUCCUCUCCCUCCUCCCCUUGAAAUAUUUCAGAAAUAAAGUUUUCCAAUAUAAAGGUGUCUUCUAACCACAGGGUAAGUCAUCAUUUUUAACAUGGAAAUAAACAUUUAAACAUUCUUCAA